AGCGUCGUCUGAAUCAGAAUGAUUUACUGCUGAGCGCAUCAAAAUAUGUGCGCAGGGAUCCCUUUGAAAAACUUUUAAAAACGAACCCAAUUUAUUUUUCUCUUUAUGAAAUCACUGAACAGAGCAAACGAUGAGGAAUCGAAUUAUCUGAUACUGGACUAUGAUUUUUUUCCAGUCAAAAAACGGCAGGUUUUUCGUUCAUCAUACGAUACUAAAAAAAAGUUGGUUGUUUUCAUUAUUAUUAUUGUGAUCAACUUUUUGAAACCAUAGUCAACAGUCCGCAUCAUUAGAUUGGAAUACUUUGGUGAAGAAGUUCUGGGGAGGAUCGGGCGUCAUCAUCAUGGAAGAAAAUGCUCGUCGAGACCCGGAGAGCCCUGAGGACUCUGGUGAGGAGUCAGAUAGAGCUAUCCUGCCUCUUAUCCUACCACCUGGCAACCAGCAGUCCCACAGGAUCACCAACUUUUAUAUUGACAACAUUUUAAGGCCGGAUUUUGGUCGGAAGAGGAAAAAUGGGACUCCAAUUCAGGAGAGUAUCACAAGAAGAAAUGAGAUCAGAAACGACCCCAAAAUCGGCAACCUCGAUGUACAAGGAAGAGCUGCACGAGUAGAGGACGACUCUCGAUCAUCCGACGACAGCCAUUCGGAUAUAAUUAGUCGGAAGAGUGAGCUGAUAGGCAGUGAAGAAAGUGAGAAUGUCCGAGGAGACAACGACAACCGCUGUAGCAGCCCCCAAGCCAGCUCAGCAUCUGAUGGGGCCAAACAGAUGCUGUGGCCAGCGUGGGUUUAUUGUACCCGCUACUCAGACCGUCCGUCGUCAGGGCCCAGAUCCCGGAAGCCAAAGAGGGCUCGGACCCCGACAAAAGAAGACAAGCGACCUCGGACAGCCUUCACCGUAGAGCAGCUCCACCGGCUAAAGACUGAGUUUCAGAGCAACCGGUACCUGACCGAGCAGCGGAGGCAGGACCUGGCCCGGGAACUUGGCCUCAACGAAUCUCAGAUCAAAAUCUGGUUUCAGAACAAAAGGGCCAAAAUAAAAAAGGCCACAGGGAAUAAAAAUUCGCUGGCGCUGCAUCUCAUGGCGCAGGGACUGUACAACCACGCCUCGUCCAAGGACGCCAAGUCGGACAGCGACUAGCCGAGAUGAUGCGUCUCUCGCUGAACCAUGCAAUAAAAAUAAAAAAAAUCACGUCAACACCAGCAUUCAUACUUCAAAUAGAGACAACUUUUAGAUGUGUAAAAUGUGUUUGCGUGUGUUUAUGUGUGCGCGAAUGCUACGCGCCCUCAGGGCUGUUGAUGGUGAAAGCGGCAGAAAAUGGCAAUUUGGCCAAAUUCAUUAUAAUUAUUGGAGAAAAAAAUAUUGGAAAAAUAAUGAGCACAUAUUCUUUUAUUACAACACAUGAGGGAGUAAAGCGUUGUCACUCAAAGUCUUAACAACUUAAAGUCAAGCGUUUGUUUUGUUUAAGUGACGCAUGCGCGGUCCAACAAAAAUGAAAAUGUCCAU